GAGGAUGGAGGUGGACUGAUCGUGGUGUGGAACCACUCCCAGCCUCCCUCUCUCCUCUCCUCUCCUCUCUGUGAUGCUGCAGCUCCUCUCCUCUCCUCAGUCUCCAGUAAACAGCAGUCAUGGCGACAGUGGUCCAGCCGCUCACACUGGAGAGAGAUGUUGCCCGGGCCAUCGAGCUGCUGGAGAAGCUGCAGGAGUCCGGGGACGUUCCGGGCCACAAGCUGCAGUCGCUGAAGAAGGUGCUGCAGAGCGAGUUCUGCACCGCAAUCAGAGAGGUUUACCAGUACAUGCAUGAAACAAUUACAGUCAAUGGCUGCCCGGAGUACCAGGCGAGGGCCACAGCUAAGGCCACGGUUGCAGCCUUCGCAGCCAGUGAAGGUCACUCGCACCCUCGAGUGGUCGAGCUUCCCAAGACGGACGAAGGGCUAGGUUUCAACGUGAUGGGCGGCAAGGAGCAGAACUCUCCCAUAUACAUCUCACGCAUCAUUCCUGGAGGUGUGGCUGAAAGGCACGGUGGCCUAAAGCGAGGGGAUCAGCUGCUGUCCGUCAACGGUGUG